AAAAUAGUAAAAUUUCCCAAAAUGAGUUUUAGGUUUUCUGUUCUGUGUUUUGUUUUACAUUUAGUAAAGGGACAAUUGCUGGUCAACGAGAGACAAGAAUGUGGCGGAGAGUUUUUCACGACGAACGGUUCUAUAUACAGUCCGAACUACUCACUCGGAAACUACCCCCCAAAUGCACAAUGUGUGUGGACCAUUACUGUACCAGCAGAUAAACGAAUCCAAUUCGACUUUCCCACAAUGGAUAUUGAAAUCGGUCCCCCGGAUUGUUUAUUCGAUGGCGUUGCUAUCUACGACUACAAAGCAGAUGGAAGCAAGUACGAUUUACCUCUUGACCACCUGGAUUCUUUAGGCAUGACAAAAUACUGCGGAAAAUCGACAUUUUCAGACAUCAUCAGCGCAACUAAUAAGGUUGAUGUCGUCUUUACUUCAGACGAGAGCGACGAAGCAAGCGGGUUUCAUUUGACAUGGCUGGCCGUGCCCAUACCAGCAGACGAGUUCAACUGCACAUUUGAGACAACGCUUUGCAGAGGAUGGGUGAAUUUAGGUUCACUUUACGAUGAGUUUGACUGGGGGAUUAACUCUGGAAAGACUGUUACCGCUGGCACAGGACCUAACUUUGACCACACACUCAAGAACGAAAAUGGAAGUUACGCAUACGUUGAAGCAUCAGCGCCACAGAAGCUAAACCACCGAGCCAUGCUAAGUACACCGUACGUUAACUUUACUGCCGAAGACACCGGAAUAUGCGUACGAUACUGGUAUCAUAUGUUGGGUGAAAAUAUUGGAACACUAGCAGUCGCUGUUGAAUCGAACGGGACAAGUACAAUUAUGACGUCAUUAGACGGGCAACAAAGUGAACAAUGGUUGCAGGGCGAACUACAAGUGCCAAAACAAGACCUUCCAUUCAGGAUUAUCUUUAUCGGUGUACGUGGAGGCGGUUUUCGCGGCGACAUAGCGCUGGAUGACGUCACACUUGUUCGUGAACCGUGCAAUUACGUCACAGAGACAAGUACAGAAGUGAUCACUAUAACUGAAACGACUGAAAUUGCAACGCCCGGUCAAGACGCAGAAACCACAACGGCUGGAUUCGUUGAGCCUCCUAUUCCAACUGUUGCAGAUUGCUUGGACAACGAGUACAAGUGCUCAUCUGGUUUUAGUUGCAUUUCUCAAACCUUUGUAUGCGAUGGUGUGCCUGACUGUUUGGACAGCGAUGACGAAAACAACUGUGACGAUGAUUUAACUGGCCUUCCCCCAAUCCUUACGAACGUAAACACCACCCAAGUAACCAUCACCACCCCACAAACCACAACCAUGGACAAGACAACCAUCCCAACCUUGCCUAUUACAACCGAAUCUACGUCAGAAAUGGUGACGUCAUCAUCUACUCCGUCUGUGACGUCACCAUCUACUCUAUCUAUGACGUCAUCAUUAGCCACGACGGUAUCAACUGUAGCAAUGACGUCAUCUCCCAUGCCAAUUACGACCACAACCACGGCGCCAAUGAUGUCAUCAACAGAGCAAAUUACGUCAUCAACACCAGUAGUGACGUCAACAACUCAACCACCUACGUCAUCACAUAUGGCUAUUGAAACGACAGGUGCUACAACAAUGGAUCGCGUCAAUGCUACUGUCAUAUUCAGAUCAACAGUAUCUCCUAGCAUUACAAGUACAGUUGCGUCAGGUGUAUGCGGAGAUGAUUCUGUUGCUUGUAGUGACGGAAUAUGUAUUCCUAUUAUGUGGUUAUGCGAUAAUGUAGAAGAUUGUAACGAUGCUGAAGACGAGUUAGAUUGUCCAGACAAAGAAUCAACCACAUGGCAAGAUUACGGUGAAUACGCUACAACAGAUUCAACACUGAUGAUUCCCGAAGCAAGCACAACAGUUUUCACUACUGAUGAAGUGCAAACAUCGACUGUUGUUAUAUCCACAACUCAACCUACUAUGCCUACGUCAGAGGCAACCACGUCACAAGCCACUACUACGUCACAACCAACUACAACUACGUCACAUGCAUCUACUACUACGCCACAAACAACUACAACUACGUCAGAUGCAAUUACGACUACCUCACAAUCAACAACGAUUGCGUCACAGCCAACUACGUCACAGGCAACUACUACAACUACAUCACAACCAACUACAACUAUGUCAGAGGCAAUUACAACUACGUCACAACCACCUACUACGUCAAAAGCAACCACUACCACGUCACAAGCAAUAACCACAACUACGUCAGAGGCAACUACUACUACGUCACAACCUAUUAUUGCUACGUCAGAACUCGUUACGUUACCACCAGUGACUGAAUCCACAACAACCAAAAUACCAACGACUUCAGAAACAACAACCACCGUGCCAAUCCUCAUAACAGAAGAACCCAAGGACAAGCGCUUCACUCCGAGACCAGGAGUUGAAGUCACAGAUAGAGCUAACGUGUCGAUGGUUAUCGAAACAGAUGCGCCAAGCACUGGUAAACGGGGAAGCGCAUCCGCAGUUCAGAGCAAGUCGAUGUGGAUUUUGAUAAACGCUCUGGUCGCUACUUAUGUAGUAAAGGUGUUCUGUAGGUGAUGAUUUAACUUUCUUUUUAUUAAACCUGUAGAUUUAUAUUUGGUUGUAAGGAGAAUUAACGAAAUAUGAAGCGCUAUGUCAGCAAAGCGUUGAACAUUGUUUUUAACUUUGAGUAUACCUAACUAAAUCUCCUUGUGGCAUUAACUUUGAAUUUCGCUAAUAAUUUUAGCUGUAUUUGCGAAAAACAAUCGAACUGGUUUAUUUACACAUUAUUUCCCAUGUACGUUUACGCUUUGAAUUUUUUGUGUGUUUUAUAGUUUUUUUAUUUAUACAACGUGGCGUUAAUGACAAUCAUUAUUUACUGAUGUGAUACGCCGCGACGUGAGACAACUGUACAAUAAAAAAUGCAUUUAUUUUA